AUGGGAAGAUGCAACCUCUUUCCUUUGAGUUAUAUUUCAAGAAAAACAGAUAUCAGCAACAUAGACUGGUGCAACUAUGUUUUGGACUGUCUUGUCAGAACAAAGAACUCAUACAUACCAUACUCAGAUAACAGCUUCUUUGUUGGACCUUCAGCUUUCUUGUUGUUCUAUACUGAUAACAUCCGCUCAGAAGCUUUAACGUUAACACGUAAACGUCCAACAAUUUGUUAUUGGAGUUCAGAGAAGAUUAGAUAUCGAGAGACAUUUGAACAAGAAAAAGGUAGAUUUGGACUUGGAGAAUUAAAUGAAGAAUUUGUUAAUGAACAAGAUGAAGGAGAGACAGAUCUCGAAGACAGUGAUUCUGAUAAAGAUGAAGAUCAUUUUGUUGAGGCAUAUGAAUCAAAAAUUGAUGGGUUUUAG